AUGAACAGAUCCAGGUCCAGCGGGGAUAAGAAAGUUGCCCAGCCUCCAGUCAGCAGGAUAACUCGCAGCUCCGGCUCCCAGGACCGGCACCCGGACCCCGCAGAGUCUCAGGACCCGGGACAGAGCCUGUAUGGGAAACAACGGAGGAGGAAUACGGACUCUGCUCUGGCCCAAGACCUCGGCCCAAUCAGUGUGAACGUGGAGAACAUCUUACCAACAAGUAAAGAAAAGAAGUCCAGAACCAGCAGUGAUCCUGUCCCUGCUGGCCAGUCCUCUGGGUCUGUCUCUCGGAGCGGCCUCUCCUCUGUGGCUCGGCUCGUGAAGCUCGGCCGCUGUAAGAACGUGGUGGUGGUGGCUGGAGCGGGGAUCAGCACGUCCAGCGGCAUCCCCGACUUCAGGACUCCAGGAACGGGUCUCUAUGCCAACUUGGAGAAGUUCAACGUCCCUUACCCAGAAGCCAUUUUCAACAUCGACUACUUCUCCAACGACCCGCAGCCUUUCUUCUCGUUGGCCAAGGCUCUGUACCCCGGCGGUCACCGGCCCAACUACGUACACUACUUCAUCCGUAUGCUCCAUCACAAGGGCCUGCUGCGUCGAGUGUACACGCAGAACAUCGACGGGCUGGAGAAACUUUGCGGUAUCCCAGAGGACAAGCUGGUCGAGGCCCAUGGGAGUUUCUCCACAGCUUCCUGUCACCUCUGCUACACUCCAUAUCCUGCUGAGGAGGCUAAAAGCGCUAUAAUGAACGACAACAUCCCCAAGUGCUCAUUCUGCACCGCCACUGUCAAACCAGAUGUUGUGUUUUUCGGAGAGGACCUCCCUCAGAAGUAUUUCCUCCACACUGAAGACUUCCCCAAAGCGGACCUGCUCAUUGUUAUGGGCACGUCUCUGCAGAUCGAGCCGUUUGCCAGCCUGGUGAAUACGGUGCGCUCCACGGUGCCACGCCUCCUCCUGAACCGGCACGCUGUGGGCCCCUUUGAGAGGGUCCCCCUGCGGAGAGGAGACCACAUGGAACUGGGUGAUCUGGCUGAAACCGUUCGAAGGUUUGCUGAACUUCUGGAAUGGAACGAUGAAAUAGAAGAGCUAAUGAAGAGGCAGGAAGUGAUGAGCAUCCCUACACUGGUAACCAGCCCGUCGUCUCUGACAUUUUGUCCGAACGCUGCAGCAUCAUCAGAACCUGAAACAUCCAGGUCUGAACCGCAGGAUCAGAGAGGAGCCGGCAGCGGUGGCGAGGAUACAGACUCUGAGACGGACUGCAAAAGCUCCGCAUCAUCCAACGCAAGCAAAUAA